UUUCAGACAUUUUAAAAUGGAAGAAAACUCGGCAGACAUCGAAAACAGGCCGGUGGCGGCAUUUCGGCCGGCAGUGUCAGUGCCAAUGCCAGUUCUUCCGCAAGAUGGAGAGGUGUUCGUAGGACCUGGAGGUAAGAAAGACGCUCAAAAAAUUGGCCUUGGUUUAUCGAAAUUGAGUUCAAAGCGGAAGGAUGAUAUUCAGAUGGCGAAAAAGUAUGCGAUGGACAUUUCAAUUAAGCAGAUUCUUCUUCGUCAGCAGAAACAGCAACAGGAGAAUCAACAACGGCAGCAAAUGUACUCACAAGCUUUAUCGAUUAUGUCCAGAAUCUAUGUUGGCUCAAUCUCAUUUGAAAUCCGCGAAGAUAUGCUUCGCAGGGCUUUUGACCCAUUUGGACCCAUUAAAUCUAUUAAUAUGAGCUGGGAUCCAGCUACUGGGCACCACAAAACGUUCGCAUUUGUUGAAUACGAAGUCCCAGAAGCCGCACUUCUUGCUCAAGAAUCGAUGAAUGGUCAGAUGCUCGGUGGACGUAAUCUUAAAGUUAAUUCGAUGAUGUUCCAGGAGAUGAGAUUGCCACAAAAUAUGCCACAGGCUCAGCCGAUUAUUGAUAUGGUUCAGAAGGAUGCGAAGAAAUAUUUCAGAGUCUACGUGUCCUCAGUUCAUCCGGAUUUAUCAGAGACCGACCUGAAAAGUGUAUUCGAAGCGUUCGGAGAAAUUGUAAAAUGUCAGCUGGCUCGUGCUCCCACAGGACGGGGACAUCGUGGAUUUGGAUACCUCGAAUUCAAUAAUUUGACGUCGCAAAGUGAGGCUAUCGCUGGAAUGAAUAUGUUCGAUUUGGGAGGACAAUAUUUGAGAGUCGGCAAAUGUGUAACUCCACCGGAUGCUCUUACCUAUCUUCAACCGGCAUCCGUCAGUGCAAUUCCAGCAAGUGUAUCAGUUGCGUGUGCAGCAAUUACCGCAAAAGUGAUGGCUGCCGAAGCAGCAGCCGGUUCCUCACCGAAAACCCCGUCAGAAAGUGGUGGCUCACGAGCUGCAAGUCCUGCUCCAAGAGCUCAAUCACCAGCAACUCCAUCAUCAUCUCUUCCAACAGAUAUUGAGAAUAAAGCAGUUAUUAGUUCGCCGAAAAAGGAGCCGGAAGAAAUCGAAGUUCCACCACUACCACCAUCUGCUCCAGAUGUUGUAAAGGAUGAGCCAAUGGAAAUCGAGGAAGAAGAGGAAUAUACAAUUCCCGAAGAGAAGCCGAAGCCUGUAGCAAUCGUUCCACCUCCAGGCCUUGCUAUCCCAAGUCUGGUGGCUCCGCCGGGGCUCAUUGCUCCCACUGAAAUUGGAAUAGUUGUUCCAAAUCCAUCAUUUUUAGCUCAGCAACAACAGAAAAUUGAAGAGAAAAUCGAGGAAGAAGAAGAAGCUCGCACAGAAAGGGUGAAGCUCUCAACAUCACAGAGAAAAAAGAUGAAACGGGAAAAGCUGAAUCAAAUGACGUUUGAGGAGAAGAUGGCUCAAGUUUUAGGCCAACAAAAGGCAGUUCAAAAUCAAAGAAUGGCGGAUCCAGUGACAUUUGGAGCUUUAGAUGAUACUGUAGCAUGGAAGGAUCCAUCAAAUGAAGAUCAAACUUCAGAAGAUGGGAAGAUGUUGGCUAUUAUGGGACCAGGAAGAGGUGGAGAUAAUGUUGCAAGUAUGGCUCUUGCAUUGAUGGAUGGUGGAAGUUCUCUGAUGCUUGCUAAUAAUGCAAAGGCAAAAGAAGCAGCUGCAGCGUUGGCGCUGGAACCGAAGAAGAAGAAGAAAGUUAAGGAAGGGAAGAAGAUUCAGCCCAAGCUCAACACGGCUCAAGCUUUAGCUGCCGCCGCAAAAGCCGGUGAAAUGUCGGAUGCUUUGAAGAAUGAGGUUAUGAAUAGUGAAGAUGCUUCCCUUGCCUCACAGGAAGGUCUCGAAAUUCGUGGAAACGAUGCUCGUCAUCUUUUAAUGACAAAACUGAUGAGAACUAAUCGAUCAAAUGUGAUUGUUCUUCGAAAUAUGGUGACUCCACAGGAUAUCGAUGAAUUCCUUGAGGGCGAGAUUCGUGAAGAAUGUGGAAAAUAUGGAAAUGUCAUUGAUGUGGUAAUCGCGAAUUUUGCAUCCAGCGGACUUGUCAAGAUUUUUGUGAAAUACUCGGAUUCGAUGCAGGUGGAUCGGGCAAAAGCGGCACUGGAUGGACGAUUUUUUGGUGGAAAUACUGUCAAAGCGGAGGCAUAUGAUCAGAUUUUAUUUGAUCAUGCCGAUUAUACUGGAUAAUUAAUUUAAUUUAUUGUUUUUUUUUUUUUGGUUUUUUCCAUUUGUAUUCUCGAAUUCCUCCAUGUUUUUAAUUCUAUGAAUCUCAUACGUUUCA